AAAUAUUGAACAGAUAAUUGAAAUGAUAUUCCGUCUUGUUGGCCAUACCUACAUGAUAUUAAUCCAUUGGUUCAUCAAGUUGAAUAAACAAUCUGUUUUGAAAGUGACCACAUCAUUGUGUGGCUGGGAUACGCCUCAAUUCAUAGGUGCUGAGGCCACCCUAAUAACACAGAAAUCUUUUAAAUUGAUAGGCACAGUUACUCUAUCUAUUUACUCUGCUACCAUGUUGACAUAUAUGUUGAUGUCGAUAUUUGUCGGCAUUGCGACCAAUUUACAAGCAGAGGAAGUGUACAUCUAUCUUUUUCCAUAUUGGUACUCGUGCAAAAGUGAUGCCAUUUUGUGCUGGAAUGUGGCUAGCUAUUGGAGUUAUUUACUGAAGAAUGGGUGCCAGUUCACAUUGAUGUUUGUGGAACAGUUGGCGUUGUUUAAUUGUGUUACUCUGUUUGUUCUUCUGAUUCUGUACUUUGAAGCGCACAAAGAAGUUUUGAAGAAAAGAACAAACGAGCUGAAGGAAAGAACUGAUGGUGUUUUUGAAUCAUACUGGCAUCAAGUUUGGAAUAACAGAAGUGAAAGGGAUCAGAUUAAAUCCAAGCAUGGUGAAGUUUUCAACCAAGGGUUGAUCCAGUUCAUCAAGUAUCACCAAUUCCUUAGAAAAGUAUUUGUGAAUGCUAAGCCAUUGCUUAUUGGAUUGCUGAGCCUAAUAUUGUGUUUCAUCUGGUUGCUAAUGUUGUUCACUGUUUGUUUCAUUAUGGUAGAGGAUAGUGGUAGUUUGAUUUAUAAGAUAAAAGUGGGCAGCUUAGUCAUUAUGUCUGGUGUAGUUUUUUACUUAACGUGUUACCUUGGAGAAUUAACAAGCAAUUUGAAUAAUUCAUUUGCUGAGUUUCUAUAUGAUACCUCUUGGUAUGAGUUAACACCCAAAUCAAGACAAUUACUGGCAAUUGAACUACUCCUACUGCAGAAUUCAUAUCGCAUCAAAGCCUUUGGAAUGUAUUUCAUAAAUAUGGAAAGAUUUGCAUUCUCAAUGAGGUCUAUGUACACUGCUCUGAACAUGUUGCUUAUUUCAUUUAGGAAAGCUUAAUUUCAAGAAUUUAAACUAGGUACUCAAUGAUAUACUUUUAGCUGUAGAUAUCCUUAAUUUGAUGCCAGUUGGGAAAACUUUCACGAGAUGUUCCCAGUAUUCUUACUUUAAGGAAAUUAUUUAUUCAUUGUAACUCUUCAAUAGUUAUGGAAUGAUGUGAUCAAUUAUUAAAAUAACCAUGUUUAUUUGACAUUAGAAUGUAUAGUUUUCAGGAAGAUUUCUUAAAAUAGACAGUAGCUACAGUGUCAAUUUGUCACUAGUUUUUAGAUAGCAUGUCAAUCAUGAUGACAUGAGACAUACUUAAUUUACAUACUUAAUUAUAGUUUUUGUGCUUUUAAUACUGUUUUGUUUUGUUAAAAACUGGAAACCCAUGGUUGAUAAAACAAGCAUAGGUACCCAUGAAUUUUUUGCAAGAUGUUGCUCCAAAAAAUUGUUACUUGUUAAUUUGAAUAUUUUCUUUAG